AUGGGAUUGAAAGGGAAAAUGAGGUGGCUUCACAGCUUCUUCUUGGUUGCAUUUGCAGUCGUUGGCUGCACUCAUGCACAAGGCGUCUCAGAUACUGUAUCACCGAGCCCAACCUUAUCAAAAUAUCCAUCAGGAAAUCCUUCCAUUUCAUGGGCACCCAGUAUACUACCGUCCUUUAGCCAAUUGCCAUCUCUGUCCCAAUCACCCAGUGCAUCUUCAAUUCCAAGCCUGAGGCCACCCAAUGGUUCAUCAGUCAGCACACAACCAAGUGGCUUGCCGUCGAGAAUGCCGACAGCUUCCGCGUCGCCUAGCCUGAGGCCGUCCCUGAUCAAUGUUGCAUCUGAAGCCCCUUCUUUAAGCGAGACGCCAUCGGUGGCACCAUCUCUGUUGCCAUCAUUCAGUGAUGCCCCAACAGCGUCCCAGGCUCCUUCGGAUUCCAUUUAUCCAAGUGUCCUUCCUAGCGGUCCUUUGACACCAGUGGCGGAUAAUUCUCCUACCAAAUCCUUGCAACCGACAGUUGUGCCAUCGUCUUCGUUGGAUCCAACUUCGAGUAUUCAGCCGACUCGGGAGCCGCUGAAGCCUAUUGUCGAGUGGAAAAUGUUGGUAGCUAACCGCUUUCAAUAUGCAUUUUCCGAUGUGGAGGCCGGGGCUACUGCGUCGAAUAAAGAUUCCGAUCGAGAUACCAUUGUUAUCACGGCCACCAAUACAACUUCUGUGCGACUAGGAGAGCUACCGAGUACACCGGUGCUGGCUAUGACGGGCCAAGUGACCAUUGAGCUGAAUGAAUGGGUGGAUGUCACCAACUAUCGAAUAGUUCAAAUGUUAUUUUGGUUCUAUGCUCGACGAAAUCAGGCCAAUGUGGAAAGUGAUCGCUUUGUAGUGGAGUAUGCCAAUCGUACAGCAGCAAAUGGCGAUGGCACGUGGAUUACACUCAAGACGUACCAACGGGGGAGAGGACGAUUUCGUCGCAACAAUCGAUGGUAUCUGGGUAGAGUCAUCAUUUCUACUCCAGAUUUGGAAGCAGUCCAAUUUCGAUUGCAAAGUUUUUUUCCGACGAGUACCAAGAUGGUCUUGUUGGACAAGUUUGGUAUUUUGGGGUUCGGAAAAGAAGGAAUGGGGACGACAAGCGACAAGAAUAGUCUGUCGCAAGAAUCGCAACAGCGAGGCGUCUCUAAUGAAGAACCAAUCCGGGGAAGGUCCACCAACUUUUAUGAUGAUUCUUGGUUGAGCCAUCACAGAGAAUCGUUACAGCGAGGAGGUCCGAACCGUAUAGAGUCUGUCCAACCAAUCCGCGGAAAGCUCACCAACCUUACAGUUGAUGAAACCUGGUUGAGUCAGCCAUUGGCUUGA